AUGUUAACCUUUAAUGAAUCACAGUCAAAGAUUACAGAUUAUUUUGAAAAAAUAUGUAAAAAGAUAGAAUGUGAAAUUCAAAAAAAUUCUCAACUAAAAACGAGACUAAAAACUAAUUUUAUAUCUGGUAUGAACAUAAUAAGGAAUGAUACAGCUAAAAGUCAUUCUUUUGAUGAACCACUAACUUUUUUUCAUAUGCUUAAAACAGCAGCUGAGAAUAAUUCUAGGGACGACGUUACAGAACACCCAGGAAAUAGAUAUCCGGAAAAAUUGAAAAAACUCUGUGUGUAUUUGUUUUUAACCGCAGGUCGUUUAGCUUAUGAAAUUUUAGCAGCCAAUCUGGCUUACGGAAUACGUUCUAGAAUCACAAUUGGUAGGAGUAUAGCAAAGUUUGAAAAAUACAUAGAAGGUGAGAUGUCCUUUGCAGCACUGAAAGUAUUUCUUGAGAAAAGAGACUAUCCUCUAACGAUAUUUAUCUCAGAAGACCAAACUGCUAUUACAAGUAGAUUUCGUUACAACUCAUCAACUAAUCAAAUACUAGGUCCUGUUUUAGAAACUUCUAACCAAACAGGAUUUCCUCUUAUAGGACAAAAUGAUAUUAAUUGUAUUAAUGACAUUAAAAAGGUAUUACAGAAAAAACUAGCAAAGAAUGCUUAUAUUUUUAUGGCGCAACCUUUAGUAGAUGGAUCACCCGCCUUCUGCCUCUCAAUAUUUGGUAGUGACAACUGUUUCUGCUUUGAGGAUGUAUUACUUCACUGGAAUUAUAUUCGACAAGAAGCAAAUAAUCAUGGCAUAACUGUGCAAGGAUUUUCUUCUGAUGGUAACACGUGUUGCCUUAAGGCCAUGAAAAUUAUAACCGGUUUGCCUAUUACUCAAUCUUCUACAGAUGAUGAAAGUUGUUCAGUUAAGCAAAAUAAAAAUACGGAGCAAGAUACUGAGGAAGAUACUGUGUGGGAUCAUCAUAACAAACCAACUGAAGAACAAAGUACAUCUUUAGAAGAAAUUUCUGAAAUUCCCGAAGAACAGGACGCAUAUUUUAAUGAUAUUAGAGAAAAACUUACUUUGUUUUCUGAUUUUGAGAGUUUAAAUAUUACAGAUUACUCCGAUAAAUGCAAACUUGAUGAUAAAACACUAUUAAAAAUAUUAGUUAAUGGUAAAGAGAAAAUAGUUAAAAAAUCUACAUUAUGUUGGUUAUCUUCAAAAGAUUUACAUAAAGGACAUUUAUUAAGUGAUAGACUUCUCCGCUGUAAGUCCUUAUCAUCGGCUAAAAUUCCAAAAACAGAAAAAAAAACAAAACUUUGCAAAAAAAGAAAACAAGUUCAUCCAAAAAUUGAUGAAGAAACUGAUACCACCUCUGAUGAGGAAGACACAGUCGAGUUAGAGAGUGAAUUUGAGUGCGAAAGCAUUCAUUCUGGUACUGACUCAGAUAAUGAUGUGAAUAAAAUUCUGGAAAUCAAUGAAGAAAGUUAUUAUGCCGUUUGUUAUGAAAGUUGGUAG